AUGGCAGGAUGCAGCAGAGGGGGAACACCUAAUUUGAAAUUACUGUGGCUGAACCAAGAGCCAGGAAUACAAGGCCGGCGCUUGGAUGCCCUCCUAGGCUGUUUCGACCUUUCCUCCUCGAGAGAAGAGCUGCAGGCGGUCGAGAACCCCUUUAAAGCGUUGUGCUGCCUCUUGAUCUACCUCUUUGUGCAGGUGGACACUCUUUGCCUGGAGGAUCUGCAUGCUUUUAUUGCUCAGGCCUUGUGCCUCCAAGGAAAGUCAACUGUGCAGCUGGUAGACUUACAGCCUGAUUACAUCGACCCCCGAGCUGUGCAGCUUGGCUCCCUCCUGGUCCGCGGUCUCACCACUCUGGUCCUGGUCAACAGCGCGUGCGGCUUCCCCUGGAGGAUGAGCGACUUCAUGCCCUGGAAUGUAUUUGACGGGAAGCUGUUUCAUCAGAAGUACCUGCAGGCGGAGAAGGGGUAUACCGUGGAGGCUCUCGUGGAACAAAAUAGGUCCCGGCUGACCAAGUUCCAUGCACUGAAGUCGGUCGUGUGCAAGGCGUGUGUGAAGGAGAACAGACGCAUCAUUAGCAGGCAGCUUUGGCGCUCACCCCAGCCAGGCAGGUGGGGGAGGCAGGGAUCCGGCUCCCACAGGACGAGCUCCGGGCACAGCCGGGCAGGCCAAGGACAGCACUGGAGGGACCAGGGACCAGGAAAUAGACAGUAUGAGCCUGACCAUUGGAGAAGAUACUCAUCCUCUUCUGGGUGGUCCAACUGAUGCCCGCCUGCUGGAACAGGACAGACCCUCACGGUCAGAGGAAGAAUGGUUUUAAAGCGUGGACACAGCCUAAAGCUCUAAGCCUCUAAACCUCUUGCUUCUCUCCAACCAAGACAUAGGAUAAGAUAACACAGUAUUUUACCCAGUCACGGCGCUCGAUACAGAUGUGUGAAUGAGGUGAACUGGAUGUGUUGUGUGUGAACUCCGCUCCACUGUGCCAUUUACAUCAGCACCGGAGCAGGGUCGGCUUCUGGAAACCAGGCAGCCGGGCAAGGCUGAGGGCGUACGGGAAAGCACCUUCCCCUGCCUAGAUGCGUUGCUGCGAUUCCACUCCAAGCGCAGGGAUCAUCCCUGAUUGCUGCCUGUAAAUGUGUAGACCUGCGCAGAGAGAACGGAGAAGCCAGGAACACCUGCGUCAGCCCGGGCUGCAGCAGCUCCCAAGGAGGCAGAGCCUGGCACAGGGUUUGCGCAUCUUCGAGCGGCUGCCCUGGAGUCCCUCAUGCUUGAGUUAAAAAUGGGAGUUACAGCAAGUUAUUUUCUGAGCGGUCCACCCAGGCCUGGGACGCGCAGGCCCGAGUGAAAGUUCACAGUGGUUCUUGGUGUUCACUGGCUCGGGAGUGCUGCAUGGGUGAGUGGGAACGGUUUGCGGUUACCAUUUUGUUCCAGGGAAUAUCUCGGGAUCACCCAUGUGUAAAGGACACGUGCAGGAUCUGAGAACAAGCAGCACUUGGAGCCCAGUGACUCAUGCAGGACUGGGACUCGCGGCCCUUGUCACAUGCUUGGUUCUCUGCACACAAAGGAACCUCAGCCACUGGACAGACGGUCUGAUUGGGCUUAUCCACUCUCCUUUUGUGUUGUGAUGCUGAUCUGUACCACGAGUUUUUCUGCUAUUGGAACGAGAAAUGAAGACCCACUUCUUUGCUCCUGUUUUUCAUUUGGACCUGUCGUUAAAGUUCUACAGCCGGAAAAGCCUCAGUAACCCAGUGAUGUCCAGCCAGGUUUCCAGUGGGCUCUGCACCAGCAUCUUCACAUCAGGGGUUUGCUGAGUUCAGGAGUUAGCAACUGUAAGUCUAUGUACACUCUGGGAAAAAAAGUGGUAAUUCCCGUGUCCGUCUGCUACUGUUACCCCAAAGCUAUUUAAAUAUGUGCAAAUGUGCGUUAGAGUCCUUAUGCUCAGAGCUCUUUCUUAACACAGCUUUCAUCCCAAGAUGUCAUAUAAAUAAAUGAAAUGAGAUAAUGAAA